CCUCAUCCUCCUCCUCCUACCCCCCUGCGGUGUUCGGAGAGGAGUGUGGCGGAGAGAGUCCUACAGCUGAGGUGAUCUGACACACCGAGGAGGCGCCGUCAAUGAGGGAGCCAACGGAGGAGUGAGCCGGUCUGUGCGCAAAAACCCCCCAAAAUACAAAAAACGCCCGAGGGUGGCGAGGAGGGACGAAGAGGAAAAUCCAUAGAUAUAUUCAAAACAGUAAAUAAACCCGUCUCUGCUCUGACAAGGAAGACAGCCCUUCUUCCUCUUGCAGCGCAAAGAUGGGGAACCGGGGAAUGGAGGAUUUGAUUCCUCUGGUGAACCGCAUGCAGGAUGCUUUCUCCGCCAUCGGACAAAACGCAAACCUGGACCUGCCGCAGAUCGCCGUGGUGGGCGGCCAGAGUGCGGGGAAGAGCUCGGUGCUUGAGAACUUCGUGGGGAAGGAUUUCCUUCCCCGUGGUUCUGGUAUUGUGACCCGUCGUCCUUUGGUUCUGCAGCUGAUGAACUGCCCCACAGAAUAUGCUGAGUUCCUCCACUGCAAGGGAAAGAAGUUCACAGAUUUUGAUGAGGUCCGGCAGGAGAUCGAGGCAGAGACUGAUCGUAUAACCGGAGCCAAUAAAGGAAUCUCCCCGGUGCCCAUCAACCUGCGGGUCUACUCUCCUCACGUGCUGAACCUGACGCUGGUGGACCUGCCGGGGAUGACCAAGGUGCCAGUGGGCGACCAACCUGCGGACAUCGAGUCACAGAUUCGAGAGAUGCUAAUGCAGUUCGUCACCAAGGAGAACUGCCUGAUGCUGGCCGUGUCCCCGGCCAACUCCGAUCUGGCCAACUCUGACGCUUUAAAGAUUGCCAAAGAGGUCGACCCUCAGGGUAUGAGGACCAUUGGUGUGAUCACCAAGCUGGAUUUAAUGGACGAGGGGACGGAUGCUAAAGACAUCCUGGAGAACAAGCUGCUUCCGCUCAGGAGAGGUUACAUCGGUGUGGUUAACAGAAGCCAGAAGGACAUAGAUGGAAAGAAAGACAUUACUGCUGCUUUGGCUGCUGAGAGGAAGUUCUUUCUCACCCAUCCUGCCUAUAGACACCUGGCCGAACGCAUGGGCACCGCCUACCUCCAGAAAGUACUCAAUCAGCAACUGACCAACCACAUCCGGGACACGCUGCCGGGUCUGCGGGCCAAACUGCAGAGUCAGCUGCUCUCCAUAGAGAAGGAGGUGGAAGAGUACAAAAACUUCAGACCUGACGAUCCGUCUCGUAAAACCAAGGCUCUCCUCCAGAUGGUGCAGCAGUUCUCUGUGGACUUUGAGAAAUGUAUAGAGGGUUCUGGGGACCAGAUCGACACCGCCGAGCUGUCAGGUGGUGCCAGGAUCAAUCGCAUUUUCCAUGAACGCUUCCCCUUCGAACUGGUCAAGAUGGAGUUUGACGAGAAGGAACUCCGCAAGGAAAUCAGCUACGCUAUCAAGAACAUCCACGGCAUCAGGACGGGGCUAUUCACCCCUGAUCUGGCCUUUGAGGCCAUAGUGAAAAAGCAGAUCCAAAAGCUGAAGGAGCCCACACUGAAGUGUAUAGAUAUGGUAGUGAGUGAACUCACCUUCACCAUACAGAAGUGUAGUCAAAAGCUGGCUCAGUAUCCCAUGCUGAGAGAGGAGAUGGAGAGAAUCGUCACUCAGCACAUCAGAGACAGAGAAAAUCGCACCAAGGACCAGGUGCUGCUGUUGAUAGAUAUUGAAUUAUCCUACAUGAACACCAACCAUGAGGACUUCAUUGGAUUUGCCAACGCUCAGCAGAGGAUCAACCAAAUGAACAAGAAGAAGGCAGCCGGCAAUCAGGAUGAAAUCAUGGUGAUCAGGAAGGGCUGGCUGACCAUCAACAACAUCGGCAUCAUGAAAGGAGGAGCCAAGGAGUACUGGUUUGUCCUCACCGCCGAGUCUCUGUCCUGGUACAAGGAUGAUGAGGAGAAGGAGAAGAAGUACAUGCUGCAGGUGGACAACCUGAAGCUGCGCGAUGUGGAGAAAGGCUUCAUGUCCAGCAAGCAUAUUUUCGCCCUCUUCAACACCGAACAGAGAAACGUGUACAAGGAUUACCGUCAGCUGGAGCUGGCAUGUGAGAGCCAGGAAGACGUUGAUGCGUGGAAGGCCUCCUUCCUCAGAGCUGGAGUUUAUCCUGAAAGGGUCACGGAUAAGGAAGGAAAGAGUGAUGGUGGUGAUGAAAAUGGCUCCGACAACUUCAUGCACAGCAUGGAUCCUCAGCUGGAGCGGCAGGUGGAGACCAUCCGCAAUCUGGUCGACUCCUACAUGUCCAUCGUCAACAAGACCGUUCGUGACUUGAUGCCGAAGACCAUCAUGCACCUCAUGAUCAACAAUACGAAGGAGUUCAUCAAUGCUGAGCUGCUGGCCCAGCUGUACUCAUGUGGUGACCAGAACUCUCUGAUGGAGGAGUCUCAGGAACAGGCCCACCAUCGCGACGAGAUGCUGCGGAUGUACUUCGCCCUGAAGGAAGCUCUCAGCAUCAUUGGAGACAUCAGCACAUCCACCGUCACCACUGCCAUGCCGCCGCCUGUGGACGACUCGUGGCUGCAGGUGCAGAGGGGCGGCUCCGGAGGAAGGUCUCCAGCCACCAGUCCAACCCCAAACCGCCGGGCCCCACCAGGACCUCCUGCACGUCCAGGCUCUCGUGGACCUCCACCUGGGCCUCCUCCCGCUGGGGGACCUCCAGUCCCUUCUCGCCCCGGAGCUUCUCCGGACCCUUACAGUGGGCCUCCACCCACCGUGCCCUCCAGGCCUAACCGUGCACCCCCAAGUGUGCCCAGAAUCACUAUCACUGACCAAUGAGGACUAACGUUUCUGUCGGAGACCCCCGCCUUCUCCAACCCACUAGACCUCUGAGCUCCUCCCUCCCUCCUCCACUGUGUGCUCCCCCUCUGGAUGAGGGGCCACAGACAACAGCGCCACCUUCCUGCCGUUUUCUGCCUCAUCCGACCUGCACCGACCUCCCCUCUCCCGCUUCUUCCCCUCGCAACAAGCCAUGUCUCUCCUUUGGUUCCCCUCAGCGCUCUGUUGUCACACGGAGAUGCGGAAUACUUGAAACACACUUGCAUGACUUACAUUCAGACACCCUCAGAAUUGAAACAAACUAUGUAGAGACUCUGAAGCAACUAGUGUAUGCACAACACACACACCUGCUUUCAUAAACACACACAUAUAUAGUAUAUACGAGCAAAUAUACAGAAUAUUUUUCCUGCUUUUAAGGUAAGGGGUUACACAGAUCUAGCAUGACGAUAUGCCUGAGUAUUUCUAAUGGGUAUUCUGACUUAUUUUCCCUUCAUUAAUCUUUUAUCUCAUGUUUCUUUCAUGUUUCUCUCUCUCUGUGAAGAAAUACUUCAUCUGGAAAGUCAAAUUUUAUAUCAUACAAUCACCCUGUUGUGCUACAAAUCCAAAAAAAAAAAAAAAAAGAAAUCAAAUGUGUCGGUUAUUUUUUGCAGAAAAUGACAUUGGAAACGAAACAAUACAUCCAAAACAUAUUUAGUUCUGUUUUUGCUACAUAUUGACUGAUCUUACACUAUACUAGUAGCUUGAUGCAUGUUUUGAAAUUGUAAAAACUUCUCUGCAUCUCUGCUCUCUAUGUCUACUUCAUACAUAUUCCUCCUUUGCAGCAUUUCAGGCUAAAAGUAGCAAACCAGAGGUGAAGUAUUUCUUUAAGCGGGGUGAUGCAAGCUGUCUCAUUUCUCCCUGCUGUAUUCGGGUUUUGAUCUGUAAUUGUGGUCCCCUGAAAAAUCACAGGCGAGGACACACUUUUAAUCACAUUUAAUCACAACUAAACACCCAAAGAGAAAAGAACACUGGGCAUUUACGCAUUCAUCUCGCAGGUUAAUGCCAGAAGUUUUGAGCUGGAGACGGUGAUUUCCCUGGUGUCUCCUCACCUUUAUGAUUUCGGGAUGUUUCUCACAUGUCCAUCCUGCCAAAUGGGAUGUUUUAUUGUCUCAAUUUUUUUGUCUUUUAAUCUUAAACAGCCGGCCAAACAAAGGCGGGUCCUCUCGCCCUGAGAGCCCCCUGCCGCCAUUCGACUCUUAGAAGAAACCCCCAUUACCUCCUCUCUUCUAAAACUAAGCUUAACUUCCCGCCACAACUAUGAAACACCUCUCGCUCCAUCACUUUUAUGAGGGAGGAGGGUUCGAAUGAAAAAAGGGAGGAAUGAUCCUUCCAUUUCUUCCUCCUCAUCCUCUUUCUCUGUUGCAGUAGGACAGCAGGGGAGUCGUCUGAGGGAUCUUCUGUCUUUUUUUUGUUAAAUGCGCCUCUCCUGUGCAGUAGAUUAAUACACAACUGUCACAACCACAUGCUGUUGUCUGUGUUUCCACAGAAUCUAUGCAAGAAAGUGGUUUCUCAGUCUUUUCUGACAUGUAAAGGAUGCCUCCCGUGGCGCGUUUCUUCCUCUCAUUUUCACAUAAAACAUUUUUACAGCAUUAUCUUAUGGAGGCUGGAUCUAAAUAGAAUGUGCAAUAUAAUAAUCUAUACAUCUGUAUAUAGGAUGUCCAUCAGCAAACAUUACAAUAUUCACAUGAAACAUUUCCAAGCCUGAGAGGAAUCCGUCGCCUGGGUGGCACCUUGAGACUGUUAGAAAGCUCUUUAUACGUGCUUUUCAUCCGCAGACAGUGAGGAAUAUGUAUCGAAAUUUCUGAUAUGUUGGCAGGAAAACUUUCCAGGUAGAUGAUUUGUCAUUUCUUUUCUUUUUUUUGUUCCUCUUUUGUUCUUUUCUUCCUUCUCUCAGUGGUCACGGGGGUGAGUGAGAACAUGAAAACAGCCACAGUCUCUAUGCAUAAAACUAGCUCCUCGUGUGCCCCCCCCCACAUCGCUGUGAGUCCAUCCCACGUUUUCAUCCCCCUCUUUUUCUACCACCGAACUCCACUGUCGGCGUGACGUGUUGUAUUUUGACCCCCAACCCGCCAGCCACGAGAAAAAUCCGCCUCCCAAAUGAUGUCAUUCUAGCCAUUUAAACACCUUUUUGAAACACCGACCCCCUUUGUGCAUCACGGUAAUGCAAAGCAAGCAUAUUCUACUUUUUAUUUAACGGUAAAUAGUUGAUUCUGGACAUAUCUUAAUGUGUUAUCAUGUAUAUGUGUGGUGCAUCUUAUUGGACUUGUACUUCCACUGUCUAGAGAAUUUAGUCUGCAAUGUAUGAAACUGCUGAAUAUUUAAAUUAUUAUGAAUAAAUAAGUGUAAGGAAAUAAUGUUUCAAAAACCUUCAAAAAAAAUGAUAAUACAGUGAUGUAUAUGGACGUUGGCAGGUUGAUUGAUACCUUUUGCUUGUAGCCGAGAGGGUGUUUUUGUUGUUUUUCUUGCCCCCUCUGUGUUUAGAAUAGCAGGGAGGGAUGGUGUGAAUGUGUGAAGUCCUGCAGAAACCAGGUCCUGCAUCUCGUUCAAACUGAUGAAACAAUGACUUUAACGUGCAGGACUGCUGUGCUCUGUCAACACAUUAAAAACCUCAAUGUAAUGA